ACACAAUUCCUAAUCAAGAGGCUGAACCAGGAGCGGACGAAUUCAUCAUAAAGAAUGGAAUCUCGAGUCAGCUUAAAGUCCAGGAAUGUAGCAGACUCUAGGUAUCCGGAAAACGGAUGGAAUUAACUGCAAUAAGAGAAGGACGAGAUGAUUUGUAGACGAUCAGACUUAAGUGAAGGACAGUGUGACGAACACGGAUGAUAGAACAAAAUCAAACGGACUAUAAACUCACAAAAGCAACUAGACAGCGAAUUCGUAGUCCCCACAAUGUUCUAGUGGUGAAGUUUUGUUAUAAAUUUACUAAAUAUGCGUUACCGGAUUGUGCAGCAAACACAACAAAUCAAAAAAUUUCUUUAAUAUUAUUAUUAUAAUUAUUUUUUUUAUUCUUAGACAUACUUGAACUUUCCAUAAUUUUUUUACACAAUUGCGUUUACGCUGCCAAAAGUUUAAUCAAUGCAGAUUAUUUCUAUACGAAAUAUAUGCGUACAUUUGUAAGUAUAUAAUUAAUCCAAGAAAGGAAAUUUUAAAUAAUUUUUUUUUUAGUAGUUUUAUAUGGAAAGAGUUUUCAAAACACGCUUAAUUAUAAAAUAUAAAACACGUUAUAAUAAGGCAGUACCUUCGCCCAGGAAAAUUUUUCGAAAUGAACUUGCACAUAUGGCCACAUAAAAAAGUUGCAUGCCAGUUCGAAUACUUGUCUGUGUGGCCGCAACGUAAAAACGUGAAUGCUUGAGUUUUUGAACGGUUAUUAACUCGUGUGGCCGCCCGGUUAAGAAUCGAAUGAUCGGACUCAAGGUAGAGUUUCAAUGUAGACGAUUUAUCGAGUAAAUUCGUUUUUCAUUUCUCCACAUUUACCGAUAUAGUGAAGGAUAUCGAUAUUUUUCACAUUAUUAUUAUUUACCUCUAGUAACGUAAACAUGUCCGACCGUUUAACACAAUUGCAGGACACAGUUAAUCAACAAGCUGAGCAUUUUUGCAACGCUAUUGGUAUAAUUCAGCAGACAUCGUAUCCAAGCAAGUUUUUAAAUUUUGAUCGGAUGGGCUCCCAGACCCCAAUAAGAACAAACACACAAGAAGAUUACGCUCAACUAUUUGCACAGCUGAUUUCACGUUGUGCAAAAGACAUAGACACGCUAAUUGAGUCAUUACCAAAUGAAGAUAGUUCAACGGAGCUUCAACAUCAAAGCCUCAGAAGACUGGAAAUUGAAAAUCAAGAAUCUGCUAAAAGGCUUGACGAUACUGUUCAAAGUGGCGAGCUUUUACUAGAAAAAAUACAAAUAGCGCUUGAAGACAUUGCACAGGCACAAUUAGAAAUGCAUGUAUCGUCCACCAAUCGUUUUAAUUAUUUAUAAAUUAUAGUUGCCGAAUUUUUCAAUCUGAUGUUGAAUAUCACCAAAGGAAAUAUUGAAAUUCAUUUCCUAAUAUAUAAAUUACUUUAAAUAUUAAAGAA